AUGCAAUAUGUCCGCAACCUGAGCGAUUCCGUGUCGACUGCAUGGAAUUCCAUCAAUCCCGCUACCUUGAGUGGCGCUAUUGAUGUGAUUGUCGUGCAGCAGCAGGAUGGCUCUCUCGCCUGCUCGCCUUUCCACGUACGGUUCGGCAAGUUCUCCCUCUUGCGUCCGUAUGAGAAAAAGGUCGAGUUCAAGGUCAACGGGGUCAAGCAGCCGUAUUCCAUGAAGCUUGGCGAAGGUGGCGAGGCCUUCUUUGUCUUUGAGACGACCGAAAACAUACCACAAUCCAUGCAGACUUCGCCCUUGGUGUCACCAGCGAGCAGUCCACCGCUGGAUCCGCAAUCCGCCACACCCGACCUUAAAGAGCCUGAUCACUUCGAGCUCAAUGCCGCGCCAAAUGGACGACCUUCAAGGCCACCACCUGCAGUGCUGCACACCCAUACCAGCGCCGAUGAAGCAAUGUACACUCCGGCAUCGACGUCAGCUGGGCGGCCGGCCUCGGGCGACUGGUCAGGCGCCCUGAUGCGACCGCAUAGCGACGACAUGCUGCGAUAUUCUGCCCGCUCUGCCGAGAAGAAGGACGAGGACCCAAUCACCGACGACGACCACGCUGGGCCCCUCUCCGAGCGUUCGCAAAGUCCACCUCCCCUUGAGCUUAACGAAGCAAUAGAGCGUGCCAUGACCUUGUCCAAGAGAUUAUCAACUGUCGGGAUCCCCAGCAAAGUCAACGACACAGGCGAUCUCACGCUCGACUUGACGGGGUUCAAAGGGAGCGAGGAGGAGAUGAUCCGCGCCGAGGUGCUAGCGCGCAAGAUUCUGGCAGAGGAGCUCGAGGGGAACUACGAUAUCGGAGCGUUGUUUGGCUUCGACGCCGAGGGAAACCUCGUCAUCUACAGCAGCGAGGAAGCUCGCCAGGCUGCUAUGAAGCGGACAAUGGAGUCCACGAUGCAGGGCCACGGCCUGAACUCGGAUGCUGCAUCCGACCCAGGAUACCAGAGCGACGACAGCGAAGUCACAAACCCACCUUCCGCGAACAAACACCGGCGAGCAGAGUCGGACGCAGGCCCGUGCGACAUGCAGACGCCGCCGAGGACGCCGACCGGCACCAAGCGAGGGGGCGACUCGACCCGCAACUACGCAAAGACCCUUCGAUUAACCAGCGAGCAGCUCAAGGACCUGAAGCUGAAGCCCGGUCCCAACAGCAUGAGCUUCACGGUCAACAGGGCCACGUGCUCAGCCAACAUGUACCUGUGGCGGCACGAGGUUCCUGUCGUCAUCUCCGACAUUGACGGCACGAUCACAAAGUCUGAUGCCCUCGGCCAUGUGCUCAACAUGAUUGGCCGUGACUGGACGCACGCUGGCAUUGCCAAGCUGUACAGCGACAUUGCCGCCAACGGCUACAAUAUCAUGUACCUGACCAGUCGAUCCGUUGGCCAAGCAGACACUACACGGACCUACCUGGCCAACAUUGUGCAAGACGGCAGCCGUCUGCCUGCGGGACCGACCAUUUUGUCUCCCGAUCGUACCAUGGCAGCCCUGCGCCGCGAGGUCUACCUGCGCCAACCCCAAGUCUUCAAAAUGGCCACGCUUCGAGACAUUAGCAACCUCUAUAAUUCGGAGCGGAGUCCCUUCUAUGCUGGCUUUGGCAACCGACUCACGGACCAGAUCUCCUACCGCACUGUCGAUGUGCCUCGGAACCGCAUUUUCACCAUCAAUUCCAAUUCUGAGGUGUCCUUGGACCUCCUCACUCUGAACAAGUUGAAGAUGAGCUACGUCAACAUCAACGAGGUAGUUGAUCACUAUUUCCCUCCGAUCAGUACGCUGGUCACGGGCGGCGGGGAGGAGUUCACCGAUUUUAUGUAUUGGCGCGACGACCCCCUCCCUUUGGAUGACUUCUCUGCCAGUGAAAGUGACGAGGAAGACGAGGAGGAGGCGAGCGUAUAUGCUGAGGAUGACGAGGACGAGGAAGCAGGGGAGUAUCUCGGCGAUAGCUACAUUUCUCGCGAAUCCUUCGAUGACGCCCGCGAUCAACCUCGCAUGUCCAUCGAGAGCCGUCUGGACGAGGAGUACGAAGAAGCCCACGAAUACGACGAGCAUCUCGCCUACACCAACAACGACUACGACGACGACAAGCACCUUGCCUACGCGUCGGAAGACGACACUCAGGUCAUGGAGUCCUCUGCGCCACAGCGCAAGAAGCUCGGUGCCGAGGACGUCAACGCCGAGAUUAUAACCGGGGGUGCCAAUGGCACGCCUGCUGCGGAUGCGCAGUACGUGCUCGAACCCGUCAAGAUACGAAGCGAAUGA